AAUGUAGUACUUCAGUGUCAUUUUGUUAUGGAAGGUGGUAAGGUAUUGAUUCAAAACAAAUAAUUGCUGUAUAGUUGUUGAUUUAAUGAAAAACGUUUGUAAUGGCUUCACACGAUCGAAUUCCAGCUCUUGAGCACGACGAAGAGCAUAAAGCAAAAGUCGAAUUGGCGAGGGAGAAUGAUGGUAGCCAUCGAAAGAGUGAUGGUACUGAAUUGUUCGGUAACUCGCAAGAGUAUCAAGAAACAGAAGCACGUAUAGGUCAAGAAUUACUAACAGAAAAGGGCGUUUAUGACGGAAAUAUUAACAAAGCACGAAAUACAAAUGAUACUUGCAGUGUUACCGAUGUUGGUAGACAGCCGGCAUCUGAAGUGGAUAGUACUGAGAAUUCGUCAGAAGUUGAUGCCAGCACACCCAAGCCGGUUGCUGGUACUGAUAAACAGCCUGCAUCUGAAGUAGUCGGCUGUGUUGAGAAUUUGUCGGGAGCAGAUACCAGCGCGUCCAAGCCGACUGACGUAACAGAGUGUAAAACUGCGGAUGAAGGCGAUCAGAGCAAGAUCAGUACAGAAGAACAGGUUAAUGAUACUGAGAAGAAUAAGGAAGGCGUGCCAGGUACAUCUUCUGAAGCGACGCCUGCAGAUGACAAAUCUAGUGAGUCUGCACACUUGUAUAUCCACGUGUUACUGGUUCGUGGACUGCCCCCACGAGAAGCUGGGAACCUGAAGCAACUGCUGAACAUGACUCUGGGGGACUUAGGUCACAGGAUCAGACCUCGCCAAAAGGGUGAUAAAGUUCUGUAUGUGCAUUUCAAAUCUGAGGAUGAAAUGAAAAUAGCCCAAAGUCUUCUCCACAACCAGAGUUUCUUGGGCUACACAUUGAAUGCAAAGGUGGUGAGUAACGAGCAACAGAAGAGGAAGAUUUUGAUGAUUGAUGAAGAGUAUAUACCAAUGACCAAGAAAAUGAAACGUGACCCUGAAAUACGUGCCAUCAUGAAACAAGAAGGCAAUAUAUUGCAGUUCAGUGAUGGACCAUACGCAGCCCAGCUUAACCGGAAGUCAGAGGAUCUUUUUAUGAAGCUACAAAAGAUAGGGAAACUUUUGCGCCGGCAUUACCCAAAAUAUGAUCGCAUGAUUGGCAAGAGAGAGAUGAAGUAUGGUGGAUUAAUCUGUAUCUUGGAAAGAUUCCUGGGUUGCCCCCCUGAAACACGUUAUGCUAACAGAUGUAAAUUUUCUGUUGGGAUUGAUGAAGAGACUGGACAGCUUGUGGUGGGCUUCCAUGCAGGUGGUGCUAAAGUGAAUAAGGUCUCAACAGUAAAACACAACUACCCUCCCCACGUGGUAGAGGCAGCACAGGUUUUUGAGAAUGCAAUUCAAGGACUGGAGAGGGUAUCAGAUGCAGAUGGCGUUGUCCAGUACAAGUUCUGGCAUGAGGUGGUUAUACGCACCAAUCAGGCAAAAGACCUGAUGUUCAUGGUGUAUGUGCAGAGUCCACAAGAGACAGCUGAAGAGAGGAUGAAGCUUCUGGAUGAAGAGAUGAAAGCUUUCUUUGAAAGUAACGAGGCCAGGAAGUGUAGAAUCAUCUCAGUCUACACUAAAGUCACACACAUUCCUGCUUUUAAAGCCCAACAGUUGAACCUGGUAGUGGGAACACCCUACCUUGAAGAGACAGUUCUGGAUUUGAAGUUCCACCUUCUGCCAGCAAUGCACUUCUGGAAUAACAUCCAUGCAGCCAAGAUGGUUUGCAGGGGCAUUAAUCAGUUACUGGCCCCUACAAAGAGAAUUACUGUGUUGGAAUUGGGCUGUGGCUUUGGCCUCAUUGGACUGUACUUGUCAAAGAUGGCUGGAGAAGUGCUCAGUGUGGACGAAGAUCACUUUGUUGGAGAGGCUAAGAAACAUGCAGAGCUUAAUGGAAUAACAGGCUGCCAGUAUUUUGGUGGCAAGCCGGAUGAGGUGCUACCUACACUUGCUACAAAGAUAACAUGCAACAAGGCUUGUGCCAUCGUGAUCAGCACUUCCAACCACUUUUCUACAUGUGCCAAGGCAAUGAAGGAACUGAGGAAAAUCCCACAAGUUAGACGAGUGGUGCUGGUGACUGAGAUGUUUUACUCACGUUUCAGUCCCAUAAUGGCGCUGAGCAAACCCACCAAUGCAAGUGAAAUGGGAUAUCCAUUCUUUCCACUCAGAGCAAUUCCAGUGGACACAAAGCCCAAUGGGAAAGGGUACAUGGUAUUGAUUCUUAUGGAGCGUGUUGGGCUCUUCAGUCUCCUCAAGACACCAGGCCAUUCACGUGAUAGAUCAGGGAGGGCAAAGGAGUUCCAAGGUCGAGGAAGAGGCGGAGGAGAAUCAUGGAGGCCAUAUGAGGUGGAGGAGGAGUAUUCAGAGCUCUUGUUGAGAGACCUUGAAGAAAUAUGAUUGGUCAUUCACUCCAGAAUUUUUCCAGUAGAAUCAUAAAAAUGGAUGAUGGUAUUGCUGGUGGCAGUCCACUGCACUAGACUAUAGACCACGCAAGCUCCUCUGCACAAUACAAGGUGGAAUUGCAUCUGAUGGUCUGUUGAAUGUUCUGGAGGAAGGGACAAAAUUGUGAUUUCAGAAGUAAUGUUCAUUUUUUGAGAUAUAAAGUAACAUGAAAACUGUAA